AGAGCCGAACUUUGAAACAAUCCUCAUUAUAUGUACAUUGGCUGAAUGCUGGUUUAAAACUCUGUUAAAUAAUCUAAUACAGAUAUAAUGUCACACAUAGAGACGAUAAAAGUCAACUUUCACGUACGCUACAGCUGGUUUAGCAAGAGUACAAGUGUGCACCACCUUUAGGCUUCCGACUUCAAACGAGAGUACACGAGUGUUCCGGUUUGCGAUGUGUAUGAGAUGCAGCUGAAUGGAGUUUCAGAGGUGAUGGAUCUGCUGCUCAUAGACGUGGAGACUGAUGUGGGAGACAGGCCAGGGAGGGAGGCUGCACAGUCUUCAAGAAAUGUGUCGAGGAAGCAGCAACACUGGGAGAGGCACAUGGCAGCGAAGAAAAGCAAGAGGAAAGAAGAGAAGCAGCGAAAGAAGCUCAACCGUGAGAAGCAGUCAGGUGCUAGCCCAGAUAGUCCUCAGUUUUCCAAACGAGUCAUGAAAGCCAUCACCAAAGAGCGUUUAGCUGAGGCUCAGAGCAUAGGGCUCAAACUGUGUGUGGACCUGAGCAUGAGUGACAGCAUGUCUGACAAGGAGUUAAGUCGACUGGCUGGCCAGUUAAGAAGGCUGUACGGGUCGAACAAGAAGGCCACUCGACCGUUUCACCUCCUGCUGACAGACCUGAGAGAGGACAGCUGUCUCUACAGGGAAUGCCUGAGAAAGAACGCAGGCUUCCACAACUACAUAAUGGACAUAACAGAAGAAAGCUUUCUGGAUCUUUUUCCUCCAGAAAAUGUGGUCUACCUCACCCCAGACGCUGAAGAAGCUUUGAAAACAGUGGACGCUGACAAGGUGUACGUCCUCGGUGGCCUUGUGGAUGAAAGCAUCCAGAAAAAGUUGAGCUUCUCGAGGGCGAGGGAACUGAGCGUGCCCACGGCGAGGCUUCCAAUAGAUGAGUACAUGGUGAAGAAAGACAACGCCAAGAACUUCCACUCAAAGAUCCUCGCUGUUAACCAAGGAUUUGCCCUCUUUGUGUCCACAGUGUUUGACAUCCUGUUGACGUUCUGCCACACCGGCAGCUGGACAGAAGCCCUGCAGGCAUGGUUCCCCCAGGGGAAAGGUUAUGUUGUCGCACCACUUUCUGUCGCUGCAUCACACACCUAACAUGUGAUUAUAUUAAUACCUGAGGGGAGUCGAUACACUGUAUAAGUGCCUGGUUAUAGAGCAGCACAGUGAUGUUUACAUUGAAACAUUGAAUGAUCCUAGAGCUAAUCAAUGUUCUCUGACUUCAGGAAUUUAAGGACCUUUUUAUUUUCAAACUUUCUCAGGAGAUUUUAGGUUUCUUAAAAAAAUAGACACAUUCCUUACGUUUAAAAAGUAAAGUAAUUGUCUGCAAUUCAGAAAUUGCGUCUUUAAAAAUGUAUUUAUUUAUUCAGUUUUAUGUACCUAAAUACUGAUGCUUUUGUGUUGAUUUUAUUGACAGUAAGGGUUUUAUUUGACAUGCACUUUCCCUCCAACUUCAUUUAAGGCAAACCAGCUGUCUGAGAUUUAAAUUUGUUUAGCUUUAAGCAAUUUCAGAACUGUUGUCAGUGAAGUUAUUUAAGAGGCAGCUUUUGUUUUUGGCAUUCAUACUCAAAAGAUUGUCAAUUGUAAGAUGUAUGACUAUUGUUAUUCCUUAUUUUGUAUGUUUUCUGAAAGCAGCUUGAAAGUUGAUACUCUUUUCAGGCUUCCCAGAAAACUUUCCUCUUUUUUUCUGUCAAUUCUUUGCUCAUAACACUGGAUUCAUGUCAGUUUAAUGUGUCUGUUCCUGUUUCUCUUGUUUUAUAAAUAUCUGAUUUCCUGAUAAUAAAAAGGGGUGAGUUCAUCAAGG